AUGAAGACUCUGAUCCUUAUUGCCUUCUUGGCUCUCUCGUCUUCUGCUGUCUUUGCCUUUGAUCCUAGCCCGCUUCAAGACUUCUGUGUUGCCAUUAACGAAACCAAGACCGGUGUUUUUGUGAAUGGGAAGUUCUGCAAAGAUCCCAAGCUUGUCUCUGCCAAUGAUUUCUUCUACGGCGGACUGAAACAAGGAGACACAUCUGGUCCACUCGGCUCAGCAGUGAGUCCUGUUGCUGUAAACGAAAUCCAAGGGCUCAAUACUUUGGGCAUAUCGUUGGCUCGUAUAGACUUUGCCCCUAAAGGCUUAAACCCUCCACACACCCAUCCUCGAGGCACUGAGAUUCUUGUGGUUUUGGAGGGAAAACUUCUGGUGGGUUUUGUUACGUCCAACCCAGAGAAUCGCUUAUUCACCAAAGUACUGCACAAGGGAGAUGUCUUUGUGUUCCCAAUUGGUCUGAUUCACUUCCAACUCAAUGUGGGUUAUGAAAAUGCAGUCGCCAUUGCUGGUUUGAGCAGUCAGAAUGCAGGAGUCAUCACCAUUGCCAAUGCUGUGUUCAAAUCAGACCCUCCAAUUUCCGCUGAAGUCCUCACCAAGGCUUUUCAAGUGGAUAAGAACAUAAUUGCUGCUAUUCAGAAACAGUUAUAG